CAAAAUGUCGGCGACUUUUAAAUCUUGAAACUAUGUUUAUUCACAGAACUGUCGAUUUUGAAAAACAAUAACAGUCGGCGUCCACCCAACCGUAACCAACGCGACGGAGCUCGCGCUAAUGCGCACGCGCCCCUCAUUAAAAGGCGGUAAUUUCGAAGUGACGGUGAAUUUCAGAUCUUUGCAACAUGUUUUACACUCAACUCUUCACAUCCAAGCGUGGACCUUUAGCCAAAAUUUGGUUAGCUGCGCAUUGGGAAAGGAAGCUGACUAAGACCCAUAUACACGAAUGCAACUUAGAAAAAACAAUCAGAGACAUAAUUUCUCCAAAGAUGAAAAUCGGGUUGAGGACGUCUGGUCAUCUUCUCCUUGGUGUGGUCAGGAUCUACUCCAAAAAAACCAAGUACCUGCUGGCAGACUGCAGUGAGGCUCUGGUCAAAAUAAAAACUGCAUUCAGGCCAGAUCAGACAGAUCUGCCUCAGGACGGACUGGAGGCCACAGCAAAAGCCAUUAAUUUAAAUGAGGAUUUUGAGGCUUUUGAGGUUCAGCUGCCACAGGAAAGCGACAUGGACGUAGAUGAUCACUUUUCACUGAACCAGGGUCGGACGGAGGACAUCACUAUGAAAGAGGUCGACUUUCUCAGCAUGGGAGACAUGGGGACUGAAACCAUGAGUCGCCAGAAUGCACUGUUGGAUUUAAGCUUCACACAGGAGGGAGACACUUUUGGAGAUGAAGACAAAGAAGAUAACUUUCUUGAAUUCCUCAUAAACACCAGUGAUCCUGUAGAGUCCGAGUUCUUCUCAGAAGUGCCUCAAAUUAAUUCCCAGUCUUCGCCCCUCCAAACUCAACAAGAGGUUGACAUAAAAAGACCAGAGGAGACGGCCAACCCGGCACCAGAAAACACCAUCCUGCACGUCAACGGAGAAGAGGCUUUUACUCUUGAACCAGUGUCAAUCACACCCAAUGAAGGGAGGACUAAGGGGAAAAGGAAGCGUCAGUUGCUUGUGGACCACAACAAACAACUGAGUGAUAAAGUCAUCAGGGAGCAGCUCUCUGAUUAUUCAGAUCUGGUCACUCCGUUGGACAUGGCGCCGCCGACCUUCAAGCUAAUGAAGUGGAAGGAGAGCGGAGGUGUGGAGCAGCUUUUUUCUCAGCCGUGCUCCACGGCACUGGCACAACAAAUAAAAGAGCUGUUUGCAAAGAAUAUCUUCCAUUUGAAAUGUUUUAGAGUUUGUGGGGAAGUUGAGGAGUUCCGUCAGACAAGCCAAGAAGAUGAGGGCGAUGUGCUCUCACUCUCUAGAGAGAACAUCACUCUCACCGAUACAGUAAACAACACCCACAAUGACUCAACUCAGCUUUCAUUAUUUGAUGACACCAACAACAAGUUCAAUAAUUCAGGUCUGCGUCAGAAUGGGUCAGAGGUCUCUGGUCCAGAACUUCCAUCGGAAGACUCCAUGUUUGUCCAUCUGUCUACAGUUAUUCCUCCAACAUCUCUGGACUCUCAGUCUCUACCUGACAGCCAGGACCUCACAGAGUGGAAGCUCACCAGGAGAACACAAAAGCUCCUGAAGACUCUUCAACUCAACAGUGCGUCCAGGUUCAGCCUGAGAUCCCUCUGUGAAGGUAACAAUCGGCUGCAGGCUGCAAACACAUUCUUCUCUCUGCUCGUCUUAAAAAAACAAGAGGUUCUACACCUGCACCAGAGCGCCCCCUACAAGGACAUCGUCAUCACACCGGGACCCAAGUUCAAUGAGUUAUAAAGCAGAAAGCACUUAAUAAUACAGUAUUACAGUGGAGUUUGUUAGUUCAGGUUCUGGUUGGUCGGCGUCUAAAUGGUUGUAUUAGAAUGUAAAAAGUGAAUUCUGGGAAUUAAUUUGCGAAUGAAUUUAGUGUUUAUAUAUAUGUUUGGUUAUAUGCAGAUUUCUUUUUAAAUGUUCAAAUACUGUACAUUCUGAGUAUGUCUCUGUGUGUCACUUUCCUACUGUGAAAAUCUUUGUUUGUUUGUGGUGCUUUUUCCUUUCGUCAGUCAAAGGUUUCGACAUUCAAAGAUUUUUUAAAUGUAUUUAUGGUUAGUAUAGCUAUUUAAUAUCAGCUAUAAUACCUCAUGUCGUUGAGCCAUUUUUGAGGUAUCGUAAGAAGGUGCUAAUCUGUAUGUUCAGUGCUUUCGAGCUUCACCUACAGUACCAUAGGUUUGUCAGGUACCAGUGGCCACAAGGAUUUCUGGGUUGUAUCUAGAAAACCAAGAUUUAAAUUUUAAAAAUACAUUAGUCUCGUGACCCAAUUUAUCAACUUGUCCUUUUUAUAUACAAACAGAAGGUGUAAUGUUUAAAAUAAAAAAAGUUGUUACAUGUCAUUUAUUCCUCUGUUUUCUUAUAUCUAGAGCAGUGUUGUGCAACGUUUUUUGGGCCACAGCAUGUUAGAAAAAAGAUCCCAUGAUGCACCAUCAAAUA